ACGAGGCCCCUCCCUCUGGCGCUGCAGGGGGACUAUUCUGCUUACAGGCGGCUGCUGCUGCAGCAAGCGCUCCAGGGUCAGCAGCAAGCGCCGCAGCACCAGUAAAAGCAGCACGGAGUGACGCAGCAGCAGCAGCAGCCAUCUGGAGGCCUCGAGGCAGCCGCAAUGCGGAUGCAGCAGCAGCAGCCGCUGCUGCUGCUGCUCCUGCUGCUGCUGACUCUUCACCGAAGGUAGAGGACCUUGGCACUGAGGAGCUGCCCAGCAGCAACAGCAGCAGCAGCAGCAGCAGCAGCAGCAGCAGCAGCAGCAAUGAAGACACAAGCUUCCGCCCUCCCCCGGGGCUGCCAUCGCCCAGGCCACGUCAACAAGUGGCAGCAGCAGCAGCAACACCAGCAGCAGCUGCUGCUGCUGAAGAGCAGCAAGGAGCAGAUGGCGGGGACUUUGAGGCUUCUGUGGCAAUUAGCCCGUCUGCUGCUGCUGCUGCUGCUGCUGCUGCUGCUACGCGUGCUGCUCCCAUAUGCGUUGCCGUCAGCAGCGCAGAGGCUCAGCGCUGCCCAGCAGCAGCAGCAACAGCAGCAGCUGCAGCAGCAGCAGCAAGCAGCAUUCUGCCGACGUCAGUUGCAUUGGACCAACUCUUUGCUGCGCUGCCGGAGCAGCAGCAGCAGCAGCAGGUUGCUUCUGCUGUUGCGGAGGCAAGCCGUGCUGCUGCUGCUGCUGUGCUGCUGCUGCCAGACGAUGAGAGCAAACGCAUAUCUAGGCUUUCGCUGGAGCUGCUGCAGCAGCUGGUGGAGCCGCAGCAGCAGAAGCAGCUGCGCAGCAUUGCUGCCUCCAUGACUGCAGCAGAUCAACAGCUGCAGCAGCAGCAGCAGCGGGAGCAGCAGCAGCAGCAGCAGCAGCAGCAGCAGCAGCAGCUUGUGCAGGGAAGUAGACUGAAGCAGCUGAAGCAGCAGCGGCAGCAGCUCUUUGAGGACUUCAUUGCACAAGGCGUAUCGAUCAUCUUCAGCAGCAGCAGCAGCAGCAGCAGCAGCAGCAGCAGCAGCAGCAGCAAGGGGGACAUGCUGCUGCUGCGAAAUGUCACAGAAUCCGCAGGAGCCCAGCUGCCGCAGACGCAGCAAGGGCUGCUGCUGCUGUCUUUGGCUUUGGGGGCUUCAGACUCUUCGAAGCGUUUGCUGCUGGCGCAGGCGCUGCAGCGAGUUGCUGCGCUUCUGCAGCAGCGGCAGCAGCAGCAGCAGCAGCAGCAGCAGGAAGAACAGCAGCAGCAGGAGGAAGUAAGCGCUGAGCAGCAAAAGAAGCCCUUGUCGCUGGCGAGCGCCCUAGCUGCCUCUGCUGCUGCGCCGCGCGCUGCUGCCAGCUCUCCCGCAGCAGCAGCAGCAGCAGCAGCAGCAGCGGGGAGCCCGGGAGCAGCAGCAGCUGCUGCUGUUAUUAGCCAGGAAGAGCUGGAGCAGCAGCAGCAACGGAGAAACGUGCUGCAGCAACUUUCUGCAGCAGAUUUGCCAUUUACUGCUUCGACUUCCUUCUUGGAAGCCUUGGGCUUUCUGCUGCAGCAGGUCAGCAGCAGCAGCAGCAGCACUGGCGGGCAGCAGCAGCAGCAGCAGCAGCAAAAGACCAAGAAGGGAAAGCUCCUGCAGCAGCACACGCAGCGCCUGAGGCAGCAGCGCAUCCAGACGGGCAAUGCCUGGGGAGCUCAAACACAGCAGCAGCAGCAGCAGCAGCAGCAGCAGCAGCAGCAGCAGCAGAGAGAAAACCCAAUGGAUCCAGCCUGCGCCCGCGAAGCUAUCAAGCAGCUUGUGGCCGAAAGGUCACGGCUGGAGCUGCAGCAGCUGUCGUUGCUGGGAAGAGACUUGUCUCCCUUCGUCACCAACACAAAACUGCUGGAAGAGUGCCAGGCCUUAGGGGUUUAG